UCCAAUCCAGCCCAGGCUGAGGACGCGGGCCGAACCACCACCAGGUCCACCGGUCACCCCACCUCCUCCUGGCGGCCGCGGCGGCUGGGACGGCGAGGAAGCCGGCAUGAGCGUGUUCGGCGGCGACAGCUGGGCGCGUGAUGCGCAGCAGAGGAAGCGCCGCCUGGACGACCUCAUGCUACCUGCCUCGGCGUCCUCAUCUCCCUCGACGCCCGAUUCGUUCAGGAGGCUCCCCAACGGCAAGCUCGCUUGCCUCGUCUGCCCCAACCACCCUGUCCUCGAUUCUCCCCUCAUGCUCUCCAUCCAUAAUAAAGGUGCACGGCACAUUGCAGCAGAAUCUAGGCUGAGGGAGAAAGAAUUAUCUAGGAAGCACGAAAUUAACAAGAGACUGGCUCUCUCGUCAGAUGCUUCCCAUUCAAACUCUGGUAAUCCGAGCACCAGUAUUAGGCCUACCAAUAUGAAAGGAAAGCCGUUAAUUGAGCAGACACGGAGGGCAAUUCUGGAAGCACAGUCAAGCAGGUUCAACAAUUUCAAUGGCAAGAAGGUAUCUCAUGAUUUGAAGGGGACGACAAAUACUUCAUCCUGGGACCCCCUUGUCGCUCCUUCUGAUGUUCCAAUGGAAAAAUUGGCUGGAGAUACUGGAUCAAUACAAUGUAAUAGAAGAAAAGGAGAAUCUUUUGCUGGAAAUCAGAUUCAAGGCAACUUAGUUUCAGAUUGGCAAACAGAAGUCCAAAAACGCCAGGAGCAAGAACUUCGGUUCACUGCAUCGGGCUGGAAACGGGAUGGCCAUGGAAGAUGGUACAGAGAUGAAAAUGUUGAAUUUGACUCGGAUGAAGAUGAUCCUAACAUCUGUCUCUGCUGAUCCUUUAAGAAGGCGUUCUGAAUUGAUCAAUCUAAUGGAUCAACUGGGAACAUCAAAUUCAUCACAAUGCAAUAUGAAGUGCAAUCAGCCCCCCUCCAAAAGUGGUUAAAUCAAUUCUGUGUUCUUGUAAAUGGCGAUGUCAGAUUAUGUGCCUGUUGAACUCGAAUAUUUGUUUCAUUUGUGAACUAAUCCUGUAUGAUGAUACUUGAGAAAUAAAGUGUGUAUUUAUGUUGUUACUAAUUA